GUUGCUAAAAUUAUUAAUGUUACAGUUGUUUUUGCUUUUGAUGUUCUUGUUGUUGCUGCUGCUGCUGCUGCUGCCGUCGUUGCUGCCUUUGUCGGAGGUGCUAGUAUUCAUAUUGUUGUCAGCUGGUUCAGGGGUCGCUAUCGACCUUGUCGGCAGUGGAUUAGGGAGAGAGUCUGUUGUUGGCGUGUUGCUUCUGGCUGUUGCGAUCAAAGAUACCGUUGCUGUAUUAGGCGCAGCCACCAUCGGUGCAGGUGCAAUAGCUUGUGUGGUAGCAGACGAUGGACUGAUUUCGCGUUUCUUGCGACCUCGUUUCCUUUUUGGUCGUGGAGAUAUGGAAGUUCUUUCCUGUUGUUGAAGAGAAGCCGAUGAGAUCAACUGUUGCUCCUGUUCCUGCUGUUGUUGUUGUACGACAGAUGUGUUAAAUGGCUGGAAGUAGGGCACAAGUGGCGACUGUUGCUGAUGGUGGGUUGGGUGGUGAUGGGCGUGUUGCAUGGAUGGUGGUGGCAAAGAUGCAAACAACUCUGGUGGUGGUGGAGGUAACGGUAAACAUGAAGAAGAUGACAUCCCCCUUGUAGCAUAAUAGGAUGGAUCAAUUCCAGUUGCUGCUGCUAGUGAUGCUGUAGGGACAGAUGAAAACACUGUUCCCCCAUGCUGAUGUCUUGCUGCUGCUGCUGCUGCUGCUACAGCGGCAAAAUAAUUACAGGACCAGAUGCU